AUGUUAAGAAAGGCUCCGUGUCAUUUGCGCGACAGCCGUUUGCGCGAGGGAGAAAAGCGCGAUACGAAAAGCGCGAGGGACAAAACCGCGACGGAACAAAAACGCGACUGGAGAAAAGCGAGAGGAACAAAAACGCGACUGCAUAAAAGCGCGAGGGACAAAAACGCGAGGUACAAAAGCGCGACAGAACAAGAACGCGACUGA